AUGCGAGUCGGCAACCUCAUCUCGGCUUUCGCCCUCAUCUCAUUCCUCUGCAUCUGCUUCCCCAGUGCUGCAGUCUACCUCCAGCCAUGGCUGCACGUCUUUGAAGGUUUCGCCCUCGGAUCCUUCUUUCUGCUGCUCUGCGAUUAUGUAUCACCCUACCGAGACCAGCGCGAUGUCUUUUUCGCGACCAAGCGAAAGAACGGAAUGAAGUGGUUCAAGACCCGCUGGAUCAUGAUCUUCCAGAUGCCAGUCGUUGCCAUUGGCGUCGCUGUCGCCACCGACAUCACCCAAGCUGCUGGCGUCUUUUGUCAAGAGAGCAACUCGCGCGAGUUUGCCAACAUUUACCUGCGCGUUAUCAUGACCAUCUCGCUCGUUGUUUCCGUUGCAUCUAUCCUUCAGAUGUACAUGCUUCUCAAGAAGGACCUUGCGCAUCACUCACCGAUGCUCAAGCUCACUGCAUUUAAAAUUGUUGUUGGAUUGACAUUUCUCCAAGAGAUCAUCUUUUGGAUUCUCGGAGACCAGGGCAUCCUCGAGCCUACCGACACACUCACCUACGCUGAUGUCCACAUCAGUCUCCCCAACCUCGUCACCUGCGCCAUCAUGGUUCCACUGUCUAUUUUCUUCUACAUUGCCUACCCUUGGAAGGUUUAUGUCCAUGGUCACGGCCGGGGAACAUUUGCCAAGCUGGAAGAGAACGACAGGCCAGAGCAGUCCUACCAGGGAGGACCAUUUGGCAUUUAUGCUUGGUUGUCAAUGAUCAACCCAUCCGAUUCUUUGAAGGCGAUCUUGUUUAUUGUCCAGGGAACUGAGAGGAGAACAUCGUCUGCAACUCCAGUUGCGAUGACGGGCUAUAACUCGGAUGACGCUCUCAUGUCGCGUCCUUACAAUGCAGACUCUUACUCUGCCACAGCCCAGGGACAACGACAGUAA